AUGGCUACAAUAGCCGAAGCCCUUACCCGUUUAAAUCUCCCUCCUCAAACUACACAAAGCACCCAACAAGCUUCAACCUCAAGUAGUUUGCCCUCCCAACCUCAACCCAAUCCUAAAGGAAGCAUAAAUGCCAUUACUCUUAGAAGUGGUACUAAGUUAGAUAAGAAUGUGGCUAUACCUUCAAAGUUGAGUGAGGAAGUAAACAAUGAGGAGGUAGAAGAUGAAGUGGAGAUGAUGAAGGGUGAAGAAGAAAAUAUUGACAAAGGUGAGGCAGAACCACCAAAGGUCAAGGAGGCUAAGAGAAAAACUUUGCUUGAAGAGCCUUUGCCGAUUCCAUUCCCAACUCUGGCCAAGAAAGCAAAGAAACAAGAAGAUCUUGACCCCACUGUGGUGGAAGUUUUUGAGAAAGUUGAAGUUACUGUCCCUCUCUUUCAAGCCAUUCAACAAGUGCCGAAAUAUGCCAAGUUUCUCAAGGAUGUUUGCACUCACAAAGACAAGCUUGGCAACCUCAAAAGAAAGCCGGUAGAUGAUUCUAUCUCUUCUUUACUUCUCGAAAAAUGCAAUGAUCCCGGCCCAUGUUUGGUGACUUGUUUGAUUAGUGAGAUUAAGUUCAUGGACUGUAUGUGUGAUUUGGGGGCAUGUGUGAGUAUCACGCCACUCUCCAUCUAUGAAAGAUUGAACUUAUCUCCCCUAAAGAGGUCCGAUGCAAGGUUUGUAUUAGCCGACAAGAGUAUUGUGUCAGUUGUGGGGAUUGCAGAGAAUGUCAUAGUUAAUAUUCAAGGAUUGCUCUUUCCAGUUGAUUUUUACAUUUUGGAGACUCCUCCCAUUGACUCAACAAAACCAUCAUCAAUACUCCUUGGAAGACCAUUCUUGAAGACGGCCCGUUUCAGGCUAGAUGCACACUCGGGAGUCUAUUCUUUUGAGUCGGAUGCAAGUUAG